AUGUACUUGGUGACACUGUUGGGAAACCUGCUCAUCGUCUUGGCCAUCAUCUCUGACACACAUCUCCAUACACCCAUGUACUUCUUCCUGGCCAACCUGUCCUUCAUUGAUACCUGCUUUACUUGUACCAUUGUUCCCAAGGUACUGGUGAACAUUCAGACACAGCACCACACCAUAUCCUACACUGGUUGCCUUGUGCAGAUGUACUUCUUCAUGGCAUUGACACUGCUGGAUGACUUUCUGCUGGCCGUGAUGGCAUAUGACCGCUACGUAGCCAUCUGUCUUCCUCUCCACUACACCAUGGUCAUGCGGCCCCAACGUUGCCUGCUGCUGGUGGCUGUAUCCUGGCUCUGCUCCCAUCUUCUGGCCCUUACACUCAUUCUCCUAAUGACUCAAUUCUCCUUCUGUGCCUCUCAUUCAAUCCCACACUUUUUCUGUGAUCUCCUCCCACUCCUCAAGCUUGCCUGUUCCGACACCUAUAUCUUUCAGGUUCUGAUGUUUAUUGAAGCAUCCCUCUCAGGUGUGGUCCCUCUCACCUGUGUCCUAGUCUCGUAUGUCCACAUCAUCCACACCAUCCUCAGGGCUCCCUCUGCUGAGGGGAAGCAUAAAGUCUUUUCUACCUGUGGUUCUCAUCUAACAGUGGUCACUCUCUUCUAUGGAACACUCUUUCUCGUCUACUUUCAGCCAUCAUCCUCCUACUCAGCAAAUACUGGAAUGUUGGCAUCUAUAAUAUACACAAUGGUCACCCCCAUGUUGAACCCUUUUAUCUACAGCCUGAGGAACAGGAAUAUGAAGGAUGCAUUGUGGAAACUCCUUGGCAGGGGAAAAUGCUCUACUUGA